GCUGCUCCUGUAGCAUCACGGCUUAUUAUCCUACAAUCUACGUCCGCGGAAAUAUAUAGUUCGCAUUGGUAAUUCUUCUACUUUACACUAACUGCGCGGUGUCGCUUGCUCGGUACAUCUUAAAUCCCCGUUUCGCGCUUCCUGCCUGCUAUGUUUAUUUCUUACUUCUUCGAAAGAGACGACACAGCUGUUUUCUCCUGUGGGCAUUUUGAAACUGGACACCGCUGGCGCUGAGUGAGGCCCCUCUUUUCCAUGCGGAGGAAUACGUUGUUGCUGCUGACAAUGUGGAUGGAGGAGCUUUAAGAUGUCUACUAGAAGAAUGAAUCCAUCUCAAUUGUAGCAACAACAGAAAAAAAGCAAAGAAAAGCAAAGCGAGCAGACAGGGAAGUGGUGUGGCUGGCAGUCAGCGGUGGUUUGGAUACCGACCGGCUACUUUGUAUAGUUUGUAUUUAUAACUCGCGGAUUUGCUUUAGCGAAGGAUGAAGUGCAAAUAAGAGACAUUUUAUGGUGGUCCAGAGCUUUUCAUGUGCAGCCGUUCAAAUCGUGCUCAAGUUUUGUUUUGUUUUUCCUCCUAUGAGGGUCAGCUUUUCUUUCUAACCGCUGGAUGUGAAGCAUCUCAUAAACAGAGGGCUCUUUAAAGACAGCGGGGCAUGAACGAGCAGCAGGGCCACAGAAUGGCGGUCGAAACAGAUAAGGAACUCAGCGACCUCUUGGAUUUUAGUGCGAUGUUUGCGCCCCCUGUGGCCAAUGGGAAGACUCGACCAACCACACUUGCCAGCAGUCAGUUUGGUGGCUCAGGAUUGGAUGAGCGCAGCGGUUCCAGUCCGUGGGCUGCUGGGGAACAGGGCAGCCCUUCAUUCACCCAUGGACGGAGUUACAGCGAGGGCUCGCACUACAGUGAGCAUGAUGGACUUUCUUCCCCAUUUCUCAGUUCCGGGAUUGGUGGAAAGAAUGAAAGGGGACCUUAUUCUUCAUUUGGUGCCCAGCAAGGGUUCCUGCCUUCAGACAUCGUGAUGGCCAAUGCUGAUGCCAUGUCUCCCUCAGGCCUGAAGUCUGGCUCUCAGUUUUACCCCACGUUCUCCAACAACCCCCGGAGACGCCCACCAGAUGGAAACAUUGACAACCAGCCAAAAAAGAUUAGGAAGCCACCAGGACUGCCAUCUUCUGUGUAUGCCUCCACGUCCGGUGAUGAGUAUCCUCGAGACGGCGCUGGAUAUCCUGGCUCCAAACCAGGACCUGUGUACCCUGGUUCUUUUUAUAUGCAAGAGGGUCUGCACCCUUCCUCUGACCCCUGGGCAUCUUCUGGGCCUCUGGGCCAGUCAGGAUAUUCGGCCAUGCUGGGCAACUCUCCUCACAUCAGCCAGCCAGGCUCUUUCACUGCCAUCAAUCCACAGGACAGGAUGAAGCGCCAGCCGCUGCCUCUCUCCCCCCAAAACUACCCUCUCCAUGGCGCUGAUGUCAACGGCUUCCAUUCAGGCUCGGGAGCCUACAACCACACGUCGUCCAUUAAUGGCGCAGACAGCAUUAUGGUCAGUAGAAGUUCAGCUACAGGAAGUUCAGGUGAUGAGAUUGGAAAAGCCCUAGCUUCGAUCUACCCUUCAGACCACAACAGCAACAAUUUCCCCUCUACACCCUCCACGCCAGUCGGCUCCCCCCAGGGUAUUGCAGGUGCUUCUCAGUGGCCAAGAUCUGCGAGUCAGACAGCCCUCUCACCUAGUUAUGAAGGUGGACUACAUACACUUCAGAAUAAAAUGGAGGACCAUCUAGAGGAGGCCAUCCAUGUUUUGCGCAGUCAUGCAGUGGGUCAGGGCCCAGGCUCAAGCCUUGGUGGAGCCCAUUCAGAGGUUCACAGUCUGCUGGGUGCUGUGCCCUCAUCUGUUCAUAAUGGAGCCCUGGGAAGCCUUGGCCAGGGCUUUUCUGGUACUGGGCUGGCUCUGAGCAACAGACAUCCUGCUAUGGGUGGAAGUCACCAUGAUGACCCUGCGUGCCUCCCUCCCAGCAGUAGCCUAUUACCAACGUCCCAUGCCUCAGGCAUCCCACAGCCUACAGGAGCACCAGAGGGCUUCACUAGUUUGCCAGGAGGUGUAGCCACACACUCUUCAAAUAGUGGUGACAUUAAGCGGGAAGACAAAGAAGAGGAUGAGAACUCCUCCAUUGCAGAUAAGUCUGAAGAGGAAAAGAAGGACCCCAAAGUGUCUCGCAACAGAACAAGAAAGGAGGCGUUUUCCCUCCAGGUCCAUUCAAGUGUUUCAGACCAGGGAGAAGAUAAAGAUGACGAGGAUGAUGAAGAUCUGCCAGCCGAGGUGAAACUGGAACGAGAGAAAGAACGGCGUGUGGCCAACAACGCGCGUGAGAGAUUGCGUGUGCGAGACAUCAAUGAGGCCUUUAAAGAACUGGGCCGCAUGUGCCAACUGCACCUGAGCACGGACAAACCACAGACCAAACUACUCAUCCUUCACCAGGCCGUCAACGUCAUCCUCAAUCUGGAGCAGCAAGUGCGGGAGCGCAAUCUGAACCCGAAGGCAGCGUGUCUGAAACGACGGGAGGAAGAAAAGGUGUCUAGUGUGGUGGGUGACUCUCCAAUGCAGCUGCCAGGACCUCACCCUGCUCUGGGAGGAGAUGGACACAGUUCUGUUGGUCAUAUAUGAUGAUCAGUGGCUCAUGGAAGAAGUGGCCUUUUUAUAAUCUUCCCUCACCCUCUUCAAAGUAUGUGUGUUUUCUCACACAUGUUGACUUGGAAAGUGUAUCGUCCAUGAAAUGUAAAAGAUGCAUCUUCACACGUCCAGAAACACAAGUGUACUGCCAAACUGACAACCCAUUUUGCUGCACUCCUGAUUGUGAUUACCAGCGUAAAUGUGAAGAACUCUGUGUAUUUUUUUUUAAUUUUCCUCUUUUUUUUUUUUCCUUUUUCUGCUUCCAUGAACUGAUGGAACACAGGGAAAGACAUGUUGUAUCUACCAUGGACAAUUUACCCCACAACUGAGAUUAUGGGGCAGGGGACACCUACAAAUAUCAAAAUUUAAUCAAGGAUUUGUGCCUAAAUAAUUGUUACAUUUUUAUAAGAGACACUGAAGCAAAUUGCUUACUUGUGUGGAACAAAUCUGUUUGGGAGUUGCUUGUAAAUGAGCAAUGUUUUUAUGUAGCUUGGCAUUCCCUGCUUAAAGGUACAGUCUUACAUGCGUUGUGUAACCAAACCCAUGUGAUGUGGGAGAGAACCUGUGGUGCUUUUUGGGGACUGCAAUAUCCCAACAUGCCUAGGUCUAUAUUUAAAGGGAGAAAGUUCACAGAUCCGCUGAAGUCGUUAGACUCUUGUGAAACUGAUUGGUUUCAAUCAAAGCCGCGAUUUUUCUUUUUCAAAGAACAUUUUCAGAUUUUUUUUUUUUUAAAUAAACACCAGACAGUGAUCAGUCACUUUUCUGCUACUCAGAGCAAACACAAAGCUCAUGAGAGCACACAAAAGGUGUCUGUGUUAACUUAAGAUCCCGGUUGGAAGUAUUUGGUACAUUUUCUAAAUAAAUUCACCAGCGUAUGGUGUGUUAGCCUCAGCAUUCCUGCUUGUUUCCAGUUAUCUUGUUUCCUGUAUAAACCCAGAGUGAAGCCCUGAUGCCCAGCAGUGUGAAAGUUACGACAUUAUUUCAGGGAUAUGCUGUUGUCCGCUAAGUACGUCUGCUGUUCGAGCUGAGGAUACUCUGAUUCGCAAAGAGUAACUACUCCAGCACAUCUCUCAUUGUUCUCUUGUCCUUCCUAAAACACCAGUUCAAAGCAUUUUCUGAAAAGAGGUGUACAUGCUCUCAUCGACUGUUGUUGCCAAAACACUGAAACCUCAUUAUGUCCACCUCACACAUGCAUAAAGGAUAUUAUUUCAACUUGAGCAAAAUGUAAGAACGUAUAUAUAUAAAAAUAUAUAUAUUUUGUUAGUAUAUGCAUUGUAGAUUUAUAAAUAAUAAUAAAAAAAUCACUAUUAAUUUGAAGUGUAGAAAUCUAUAUUGUUCAAGUGAGAGAGCAGGGCAGGGUAUGAUAGAAUGACCGGAGCAGUGCAUUUCAGAAGGGCCCUGGAUUAUUUGUGUAAUGUCCACUUUGUUCACCUGUGCUCCACCGAUCUCUGAUAGCGUCUGCGUGCGUAACAUUUACUCUCUACGUUGCCGUGUUUAGACUUCAUUUAGCUCUGUCACAAAAACAGGUAAAGGAGUGAUUUUGAUUCUUUAUGUUUGAGAGUUCUUGGAAGCCUGUUGUGUCAAAACAUUGUUACUGAUGGAUGAAAAUCUUCCUUUGAUUAGGGAAGGUGGGUCAUGCGGUUACGUCACUGUCUGUAAUUGCAAUUCCCUUCAUACUGACCUUUUUUUUUUUUUAAAUAUAUAAAUGGAAUGAAAUGUUAAGCAAUUAUUGCCCAGCUCUCAUCUCAGUUUUGAACACAUUAUGCAACUGGUUUUGAAUGUACGCUCAAAUAUAGAUUAUACUCCUUAUUUGCUGUACAUCAGAAUACUGCCAAUUCAGUUAUUUUAUUUCAUUUGCCAGUAUAUAAUCUAUCCAUUUCUGAAUUUAAUAGUUUUUUUUUUUAAUCUUGUGUGAUUACAUGGAUGGUUUUAAUGUAUCUAAGAUAAUACAGUGUUAAUUCAUAACAUUUCUACAAUCUUGUCUGUUCUGGACACUGUUAAAUGCAGAUAGUUGUUUUCAAAAGGAGAUUAUAGGAAAGCAUAUCCAUCACUAAAGGAAGGAUGCAUAACUGACCUUUUGAAUAUUUUCAAUGUGGCCUUCUCAUUCUCAAGGCAGUCAUAUUUGGCGCCUUAUUCGUGCCUAAAUUUAUUUUUCUUCUGAAAUAAUAUUCUUCAUUUAUCUUUUAAAAUGUUUUGAAGUGCUCAAAGUAAAUGAAUAACUAAAGUCUCUUGACUGACAUUUCAUUUUUCAGGAAAAAGAGAAUCAACCAUUUCAUAAAGUUAUAAAUUUCUGCUGAGGUGUGUAUGAUUUGUCAGGAAGCGUGAUGCUUGUGGUUGGAUGGACUUUUUUUUUUGUUGUUGUUUUGUUUACUUGUAUCAUCCCCCCAGUCAUAUGUCUUUCUGUUGGUGUCUGUUUCCAAGUACUCAUGACUUUACAAAGCAUGUCAACCUAUGGGUGAAGGAUCUUCCAUUUUGCAGAUUGUUUAAACUCUAGACUGUUGGCAGUAUUUUUCACCAACAGCCAAAUUUAUAAACACACUAGCAGUGAGCACACACAUUAGCUUCUAGGUGGAGUUUUUGUUUGUUUCUUUCUUCUUCUUCUUUUUUUUUUUUUAAACCCAGAGAAAAUUCAGUUCUAUGAAUUAUAUAAAAUGGAAAAACAGGCUUGCUCUGUUUGACUUUGCAUUUGUUGCCAACAUGGACUUGAAGUCCAUCACUGCAUCUUCCACGAAAUCUCCCCCCCAAAAAAAAAAAAAAAAUUAGUGUUUACUGGUUCUGUUACUCAAGUGAAACUAUACAGACUGGUGGAAAACUUUUUUUUUUUUUUGCAGAGGGUCUGCAUUUUGGGACAUCUAAUAACAUUCUUUUAAAUUCGUUUAUGAUCACUCAAAAUGUUUCACACAAAAUUAAAUUUCAGAGUUUGCCAAGUCUUGUCAAGCAUGUACAUGCAUGUCCUGUGGCAGUUUAUAUUUUUAUGGGAAGUGUUCAGCUUUCCACAAUGCUGUUUCAAAAACAGCAUUAAUAACUGCUGUUGUAUCUGAAGCAAAAUAUCCUGCCCAACAUUUCUAUACUAGUACACAACUGUUAUUUACUUUGAAUAGGGGACAUGAACAAUAUAAAAUACUGCUGUUGUGGCUUCAGAGUGCCUCUCCUGGUGUGUGUGUGCGUGCGUGCGUGCGCACGUGUGCGUGGGUGUCUUUUCAGUCUCUUAUUUCUGUCUUAUGUUUUUAUAAAUAUAUAAAUAUAUAUAAGUAGGUAUUAAGAUUCUGUCCUGUAUAUAACAGUAAUGUAGCAAUAAAUGUGCCAUUUUUAACAAAA